AUGGGCAUGACGGCAUCGAAGGAGGCGCUUGCACCCGGCACCGAGGCGGGCCUCGACCGCCUCGCAAAGAAGCUUACGAAUGACAAGACGACGCGCGUGCUCGUCAUGGCGGGAGCGGGUAUUUCGACCGGCGCAGGCAUCCCCGACUUUCGCUCGCCGGUGACGGGACUGUACGCGAGCCUGGCCAAGUACGACCUGCCGUACCCCGAGGCCCUUUUUGACAUUGGCUUCUUCCGUGGAAACCCCCAGCCGUUCUAUACACUGUACAAGGAGCUCUAUCCGGACGGCAAGACGUACCGGCCGACGCUCACGCACUGCUUCUUUACGCUGCUCGAAAAGAAGGGGAAACUCUUGCGUGUCUUUACACAGAACAUCGACACGCUCGAACAGCUCGCGGGCCUCUCACCCGACAUGCUCGUCGAGGCGCACGGCUCAUUUGCCAAGGCGCGGUGCAUCGAGUGCAAGAAACAAGUCGAUGCACAGUGGCUCGAGGACAAGGUCAAGAGCGGCGCAGUCGCACGGUGCGAGCAGCCCAAGUGCGCGAAGAAAAAGGAGCCGCCGAGCAUCAAGCCAGAUAUUACCUUCUUUGGCGAGAGUCUCCCCGACCGCUUCUUUGAGCGCCUCUUUGAUUUCCGGCGUGCCCAGGUGCUCAUGGUUCUCGGCACGUCGCUCGUUGUCAACCCGUUCGCCGCGCUGAUUGACGAAGUGCCGCGCGACUGCCCGCGCUGGCUGCUGAACCUGGAAAAGGUCGGCGAGGCGCGCAAGGGUCUCCUCGCACGCUUCGAUCCUAUGGAUGGAGGAGGAUUCGAUUUCUCCGAGGGCUCGCGCGACACGUUCUGCGGGGGCAAGGUCGACGAAACGAUCCGCGUCCUGGCCCAAAAGUGCGGCUGGGAAGCAGAGUUGGACGCACUCUACCAAGAGAUGCUCGGACGCUUUGCACCUGCAAAAGAGCCUCCGACAAAGAGUGCAGAUGCAAAAGCGGUAGAGAAACACGACGCACCGCCGCUGCCGAGCACCGACGAGCUCGCCAAGGAGCUCCAGUCGACACACCUCCAGGAACGCACGGACAAGGAAAAAUUGUAG